AUGUGUAUUUGUUUAACAAAAACAAGCAUUUGCAAUAUGUAAAAAUAUAAUUCAUAAAUAGCUAUUUCUAUAUUGUGAUUGUGUUAACUAUAAUAGAUGUCUUGAUAACCAUGUCUAUAAUUAUCUAUUAUGGUAGAAAAUUAAAAAGAGUCUUAGUUCAUGUAAGAAAUCGAUUCUCAUCAAAUAAAAAUGAUAUGUCUUAAUAAUUAAUUCAUCCUUUUUUUGAAGCUGAUCUACCCAAAGAAAAGAUUCAUUAAAUUUAAUUAGUAGUAAUUUCAAUAACAUUUAAUACAAUACUGUAUGUAAUCAUAAUUAUAAUACUUUUUUGGAGUGACAGAGAUCUUUUAUGUGAUUUUGAGAAAGAUGAUAUAUUAGAUGUAAAAAAUAAUAUCAUGAUCUUUAUAUUCACUGCAACCUAAUUAAUUCCUUGUUUUAUUGUUCCAUAUGCAUUUAAUUAUAGACUAAAAGAAACAACAUAUAAGUAAAUAUAACUUAUAUCUUUCAAGUGAUGAUGGAUUAGAAUUUACUAGAGAAAGAGCAGCAUCAUCUAAAUUUUAAAUAGAUGAAACUAAUGAUGUUUUUGUACAAAGAUUAACUAGAGGAAGAGUAAAAUAAGAAGAUGAAUGA